GGACCCAACAACGUCCCAAAGUAUGCCAGCAGCCGAUAAACGAAACCGAAGAACUUGAGUCUCAACUAUUCGCGCCAAGCCGGUUGUCGAGAGAACGUCUUCAGCAUGGCCUGUUUAAGUGUUCCAGUUUGGACAUGCGGCCGCGACUGGUGACCAAUGAAAGUGUGACGUAUCGAUGUGUUUUUUCUUAAUCGCAACCUCAAACAAGCGGAAGUCGGGCUGGAUAUCAUGCAUCCUUUAACUUAUCGUUUAGUUUUCACCGGCUUGUUCUGUUUGGUAAGUGCUGUUUACGGAAGUGAAAAUGUAACUAUUGAAGAGGUGCCGGUGGAAGCGCUGGUCAAUCUAACCGGCAACAAUGAGCUGUGGACCGUGCUGUUAAAAGACUGCAAAAAGCCGACGUUGAUUUGCGUGCAAAACAACAUCUUCAAGUAUCUGAAAACCACGUUGGAUGAAACUGAAGAUCUGCAAUUCAACAACUUUCUGAAAUUCUCCAAAAACAAGCUCAACUACGCAUCCGCUGAAAGAGCUUUUGACACGAACAGCACUGAUGAAGAAGCUGACGAUGAUGAAUCUCCAAUUGAAGCCAUGGCGCGUACGCUCAAAGACAACACCGCGAAAUUCUUCAUGACCCAUGAUCUGGAAGUGGCUCUUCCGGAUGGACUUCUACCGAACAGCGUGCUCAAAAUCGCUCCACAGGGAUUCGGAAACAAUGCGGCCCAAGUCCAUCUGGAAAUCGUCUCCAAAGAUCUGGAUGCAGCAAGAGCACUGCAAGAGGGGGGCAGGACAUUUAAACGAAUCCGGAAAUUUAUCAACGAGCGGAUCAUUUACGCCCUUCUGGCACUUCUUCUUGUCAUUAAGCUGCUGGCUUUCAAGUUCCUGUUCCUCCUGCCUUUGAUAGUAGGCGCCGCCACCGCUAAGAAGCUGCUGCUCAAGAUUCUUCUUUUUGUGUUUCCGUUCUUGCAUCAUGUCUUCAAGUUCUGCGCUUAUUACCCAAUUCAGGCCAAGUAUCAUCACCAUAAGCAUUUGAUAUCACAUAUCCAUCAGGUCGCUCCCCAUCACGACUUCCAUGAUCAGCAUGAGUCUUAUGGGCCUCCAGCAGAAGAACACCAUGGGCCUGACACUCAUUUCACUGAGUUUGAUGAUGAUGUCAGUGUUUUGCCUGAUGAUGGUUCUGGGUUCCCUCAUGGAUUAAUAUCCCAUCGAAAAGACCCAAAUCAAAUCAACGAUUUAUCUCCUUAUGGAUCAGUUCAUCCGACUAGACGGAAGCCUGGUAGACCUUUAACCUCGACAGAAAUCGAAAGGAUAAUCGCUAAAGCAGAGAAAGAGGCAAUAAUAAAAGCUCGCUUGGAGAAAGAGCGGCUUCGAAUCCGGGACGAAAACCUCAAGCUGCAGGAUCAGCUGAACCAAGCCAUUAAGCUCCAAGAAAAGCUGAAGCAGCAGGCAGUGUAUUUGAACAAAAAACUUCCACCUACAAAAAUAGGUUCUUCAGUUUCAUACAAUAGGCUUGCGGGAGGUGCAGGUGGUGCAGGAGGCCUCCAUCCGCCUCCCCUCCAAGGCUCGCCCUUUGAUGUGAGCAGCGCGAAUUCAGAUGGUCCAGGUCUUGAGCUGCCUGCUGGCUACAUACCACAACACACUGUGCCUCAACGGCCGGUACAAAGUGUUUCACAGCCUCAGCAAAAUGUAUUCGACCAAAAAUAUCAAACAAUCCACCAAAAUCACUUCGAGCAACAGUAUCAGAACAGCUUACAAACGAAACUCGACCAGCAAUAUCAACCCACGCAGCUGAGCGCUCAGAAACAACCUUCUCAGCAGCCUGGCCCGGUUUAUAAGCCACAAGCUCAGAACCAGCAGCCGACAGUGGUUCAGAUACAGAAGUCGGUUGAGUACGAUCCGAGAAUUGGGUCGUUUGAAAACAGCAAAGAAGUGCAGAGCGUUGGAGCUGGGGCUCAGAACUUCAAUGUGCAGAAAGCGGCUCAAAACGUGGAUAAAACCCGCAAAGUUGAAAAACCAAGUUCCACAACGCCAAAGACUACAUUGGAGCAGGCAAUCUACCAAGCAGCUGCGAUCACUUUUGACCCAUUCUAUUCGCCAAUUUUACAGAAAAUCGAUAAAAUCCUCCAGGGGCUGGGAUUUAAUGAGGAACCAUGUAAAGAAAGAUUGAUUUGCAGCAUGUACAAAAAUCCCACUACUUUUAGCCCCCACAGCAAUUUACUAUCAGCUGAACUUAGCAGAGACUCCAGUGAAUUGCAGAAACCAACUUCGACCAAUUCUGUAGUGGUGCGGUUCUAUAAAUAUGUGCAGGCAGCUAGAGAUGGCCAAGACCAAAGAGAUUGCUUGAGAUUGUAUCCUUCAUGCACCAUCAACACUGAAGUAUCUUAAGCAUCGCUUAAGGAUGAUGGAAGAACAUAGACAAAUAACAGUGUAGAACGUGCAGUUUUGCUCCAAACCAAAUAUUAACAAUAUUAGUCUGUAGCAUAUUAUUUAUUCAUUGUCGUGCCAAAUACUCUUGGACUUUUUAUUUAUUUCUCUAUUUUAAUCGCUGGACGCUCAUGAAUUAGUAAUAAAUUUAUUUUCCUUCAAACGUGUAGGGUUUAGUGUAUGUUGCAACCGCUUGUUUGAAGCCCAUGCUUACUCUGGACUCUCAAGCACUAGAAAAUAAUUUAUUUUUCUCCAAACAUGUAGAGUUUGUCUUUUAUUUAUUUCAACUUAUUGACGCUAAUUUAUAAUAAGAAAUAUUUUAUUUAAAUUUAAAAAUAAUCCAUUAGAUAGUUGUAAGAAAAAUGCUCAAAGAAUGUUUGGGUGUGCUGUACAUAAACGACAAAAUGAGUUUGAUCUAGUUCUGCAAAUUGCUUAGCUUUUAGUUGGGUCUAGUUCUAGUUUUAUAGGAAUUAUUAAACGAAUUUGUUAAUGGGUGAUGGGAAAGUCGGAAAAAGUUUUUGUUUAAUAAUUCGAUAGACAAUUUUAGCAAUAAGAUAAAUUAUUUGUUAAUCUGGAUAAAUCUGGAAAAUGUGGGUUUAGUUCUUAGAAGUGCAUUGUGAUAAUGCAUUUACCUGAAGACAAAAGUACAUUUUACCUUGCGCUG